AUUAUCAGUGUAAAUGUGAUUUCAUGUUUAGCUGUAGUCUCAGGGCAGGUUAUGAGAGGUGUGAUAUAAUUAUAAAUGUUAUGGAUGUGAUCUGUAACUCUGAUGUUUGGAGGAUGUUCUCUGUAGACGGAUAAUCAGGACUGAUAUGAAGAAGCUCCAGCAGACCGGGUCGGAGGGGUCAGUACUCAGGCCCCGCCCCUACAUCCCAUAAUAUUACACAAAUGCUGGCAAUAUUUAAAAUCAAUCAAAAUGAGAAGUUAUUAAUGUGUAAAUGUAUAAUUUUAUAUGAAUUAUAUGGAGAUUAAAGAGUGUACUGGUGGGAUCCAGCACUGCUUCUAAUGGGAGUUCUGGCUGUGGGUAAAGUGGGCGGGGUUAAACCCGCGUGUUUGGGCGGUUGGUGGGGAGCGUCGGUUGCUAUGGGUUUGGUUGCUAGGAGCCGGUGUGCUAGGCCCCGCCCCUCCCCCUCUCUGCAGGAAUGGAGCAGGGAUUGCGGGAAGAAGCUGCGGUGAUGGACGGUGGAGAUCAAGACGGGGUUCCGGACAAAGCCGACGACACGGACGAGCUGAUCAAUACCGAUGUGAACGGAGGGAUGGUCUGUGGUUCUGGUUCUGAUCCGCCGGAUGUUCUUCGAGAUCACUGUCAUCAACUGCUGGACGCCAUCGAUGCUCAACUCAACCACCUGCAGAGCUGCAGUACUGGUCGGGUGAAUGGAGGGCGGAGUCAGCUGGAAGAAGUUCUGGAUCCAGUGGGUUUGGACCGGGUCGGUUCUGAGAGCAGGGAUACAGGUCUGGGCAGUGAUAAGGGAAGCUCUUCUCCUGAUUGGUUGAAUUCUGGUCUCCCCGACCCGUCUCCAGUCUCAGUGCAGGUGAGCGCUGGAGAGGCGGGGCCAGAACUAAGUACCGCCCCCUGCUGUCCGGGGGAGGGAUCUGGAGGUCCAGUGGGAUUCAGGACUGAGCAGCGUCUGUGGAGAUUACAGCACCUACUCAGAACCAAUACCAAGGUGGGGGUUGAGGAGGAGGAGGAGGAGGAGGAGGAGGAGGAGGAGCUGGACAGUGUCUGUACUGAAGAUUUUAGCACCCGGUUCCAAGAGUUGAUGCUAAAACUGAGAGAGCCCACUGUGGGCGGAGCAUGUGGUGUGGGCGGGGCAUGUGAGCUGAUCUCAGACAGAACAGCUCCACAGGUGAAAAAGCAGAAUCGUUUAGGAAAUCAGAAGAACUCACAGCAGUGUGGAAAUCACACAGGCAGCUCUGAUGAUGAAGGUACAGUGGAGAUCAGACAGUGUGGGAGGAGUCACGGUGGGAGGGGUUACGGAGUGCUGAGAUCUCUGGCCGGAGUUCAGAAGACUGUAAAGAUAAACCAGAGCAGGAAGAAGAUCUCCUUCAGCUCCACCCCCUCAAUCAGCUCCACCCCCUCAGUCAGCUCCGCCCCCUCGGCCGGCUCCACCCUCUUCACCACUUCAGUAGAGUGUGAGCAGGUGGAGCAGGUGGAGCAGGAGGCUCGGUUGGGGGUUCUGGAGAAAAUUCUGUCCCAGAAAGAGGUGCAGCUGCUGGAGCUGCAGGAGGAACAGCGCUCCCUACAGACGGAGCUCCAGACCUGCAGAGAGGAGCAGAAAACCCAGAGAGAGAAGGUGAGGAGGGCGGUGGAGCGAGAGCGGAGGAGGUGGGAGGAGCAGAUGGAGGAGGCAGAGAGGAGAGGAAGGGCGGAGCUACACCAAGAGAGGAGGAGUUCACUGAUCCUUCAGACUAAAGUUCUGGAGCUGCAGACGCGGGUGAAGCAGUUGGAGGGCAGAGCUUGUGAGCAGUCUGCAAGGUUCAGAGCUCUUAAAGACGAGCAGUGGGCGGAGCUACACAAACUGAGAACUCAGCUGAAGCAGGAGGCGGAGCUAGAGGUGGGUCGUCUGAAGCAGAAGCUGAAGCGAGUCCAGCAGGGGGCAGCGGAGAGGACCGAUCGGCAGAGCGCCGGCUGGGCUUGGGAUAUACUCACCGAGUGCGGUCACCUACAGGACCUGCUCAAGCCCCGCCCACACAGUGACCUGACCACCCACACCAAGCCCCACCCACACAGUGACCUGACCACCCACACCAAGCCCCACCCACACAGUGACCUGACCACCCACACCAAGCCCCACCCACACAGUGACCUGACCACCCACACCAAGCCCUGCCCACACAGUGACCUGACCACCCACACCAAGCCCCACCCACACAGUGACCUGACCACCGACACCAAGCCCCACCCACACAGUGACCUGACCACCCACACCAAGCCCCGCCCAUAUAGUGACCUGAGCACUGACUCCAAGCCCCGCCCACACAGUGGCCUGAUCACGGACACAAAGCCCCCCCCACACUGUGACCUGACCACUGACACCAAGCCCCGCCCACAUAGUGACCUGACCACUGACACCAAGCCCCGCCCACACAGGGUUACAGUGGAUAGAGCUGUGCAGACGCUACGGUCUCUCAGACUCCGCCUCCAGCAGCUCUUCACCAAUCAGCACACACAACUCACCACCCUCACCCUCACCAACCAGCAGCUCAGAGCGGAGAAGAAGCAGUUGAAGGAGCUGAGCAGGCGGGCUGGGCUGCAGCUGGGUGAGGAUGAUGAUGGUGAGGAUGAUGAUCUGCGUAGGAUCCAAAAGAACCAGAUCCAGCAGAAACCUAGAACCACAAACCCCACCCAGAACCUCCAGCACCACCUGGAGAGGAGAUUCUCAGAACCCGGAUCAGAACCGCAGUGGAGACUGGAGCUGCUGGAGGCGGAGCUUAAACACCUCACUCAGAGCUCUGGAGACCCGGCUGACCCAGUUCCUCCAGUCUGUGCUCCCAGUAACCACGACCUGACCUCGUAUAAACUCCUGCUGCACCUCCAGAGCCGAAUACGACAGCUCCGCGCCGACGCCCGGGCCGGCACACCCGGCACCGGCACACCCGCCACCGGCACAAGUGAACCCCUGACUGAUUUAGAAGCAAAUUAAUAAUAUCCAGAAUAAAAGUAGUCACAUUAAAUAAACAUAAAUUAAUAAUCCAGAA